AUGGCCCUCCGGACAACGACCCCGCAGGCGCUGCGCCGCCGCUGGGCCAAUGGGCUGGAGGUCGCCCUGGUCGACGUCCGCGAAGAAGGCCCCUAUGCCGACGCGCACCCGCUGUUUGCCGUGACCGUGCCCGUGUCGGAGCUGGAAGCCAGGCUGCCGGCCCUGGUGCCGCGGCCGUCGGUGCCGCUGGUGGUGUACGACAGCGGCGAGGGCCAUGCGGCACGGGCCGUCCCGCGCAUCGCCGCGCUGGGCUACCGGGACAUUUCCGUUUUGGAAGGCGGUCUCGCCGGCUACGCAGACGUGGGCGAGCUCUACCGCGACGUCAAUGUGCCCUCCAAGGCCUUUGGCGAGCUCGUCGAGGCCAUCCGCGCGACGCCGUCGGCCCCGCCGCGCGACAUCUUCGACGCGCUGCUCAGCCGCCCCGACAGCGACGUCGUCGUGCUGGACGCGCGCCGCUUCGAAGAGUACAACACCAUGAGCAUCCCGCGCGGCCGCAGCUGCCCCGGCGGCGAGCUGCUCUACCGCGUGUUUGACGCGGCGCCGUCGCCCGACACGACCGUCGUCGUCCACUGCGCCGGCCGCACGCGCAGCCUGAUUGGCACCCAGUCGCUCGUCAAUGCGGCCAUCUCCAACAAAGUCGUGGCCCUGCGCGACGGCACCAUUGGCUGGACCCUGGAGGAUCUGGCGCGCGGUGGUCUGCCGCCGCUCGAAACGGGCAAGACCGCGCGCGUACCGCCGCCCUCGGACGACGGCGUCCGCCGCGCACGCGAACACGCCGCGUCCUGGGCCGCGCAUGUCGGCGUGCCCAUUGUCCAGGCACCGCAGCUUCUGGCGCUGCUGGCCGCGCACAGCGCCGACGAGCGCACGCUCUACCUGCUCGACGUGCGCGAUCCCAGCGAGUAUGCCGUGGACCACCCUGCCGGCUUCCAGUCGGCGCCCGGCGGCCAGCUCGUCCAAGCCACGGACGAGUGGAUGGGCGUGCGCGGUGCCCGGGCUGUCUUGUAUGACACGGACGGUGUGCGCGCACGCAUGGCCGCCUCGUGGCUGCUGCAGCUGGGGUGGGAGGUCUACGUCUUUGAUCAUGCGGCGGCGCUGCCCGCACUCCCUGGUCCAGCACCGCAUGCUCCCGCAUUUGUGCCUCCACCGCCUGCCGAAGGUGCCGUUGCCGUUGCGGCUGACGACCUCAAGGCGCUGCUCGACAACAAAGGCGCCACAGUGGUCGACCUCGCGCGCAGUCCUGCCUACCGCAAGGGCCACAUUCCCGGUGCCUGGCAUGCCUCGGGCCCAGAGCUCGCGCGGGACCUGCAGGCUCUUGUUCGCGUCCACGGCCAAGGCCAAGGCGACGGCCCGAUUGUUCUUACAUCGCCUGAUGGCAUCGUCGCCCAAGCAAAUCUCGUCGACGCACGGGACGCCGUGGCGCCGCGUACCGUACUGUUCCUGGCCGGCGGCACAGCUGCUUGGACGAGCGCCGCGCUGCCUCUGGAGACGGCAACGGGCACAAGCAACGCCCGCUGGCUGUCACCCCCGAUUGACGUCUAUAAGCGGCCCUACGAGGGCACAGGCAACGACCGCGAGGCCAUGGAGGGUUACAUUGCGUGGGAGCACCAACUUGUCGCGCAGCUGGCCAACGACGGCGUGGCCAACUUUCAUGUUGUGCGAGACACGCGGGCGAAGGCAAAGUCAUCAUGA